AGCUUCUCUCUGGAACACCAACGUGUCGGUUUGCAUCUGUGCUUGCAUCAGUGUGAAAGAGAGAGAAUAGUUCUGCUCACAGAGGAUGCAUCACUAUGUUAAAACACAACAAUUGUCUUCUAAAGGCCCGCUUGACGACCUUUAAUCCCUGGAAGCACAGGCCUGGAGGAUUGCAUCUAAACGGGCGACCACAGAUGGUUAACCCGCAUUUUUACCGAAACAAAUACAAGCAGCUGAACCCAGAUGACCCCUCUCGCCUCUUAAAGCCCAGCCACGUCUUGCUGAAGCGCUGCCCCAUUUGCAAACGGACAAAAUUUGUCGACAUUAAGGACAAGAACAUGUUCCACACGUGCUGCGAGGGAGCCGUGAUGAAGCUGUACUCCGACAUGAAGAGUGUGAUGAACGUGGAGCAGAAAGUCCUCUCUCUUACGCGACAGUGGGAUGUGGAAAACGAUCGACCGUGGAGCAAUCCUCAUCGGCCAAAGCCAAAAGGACGGUCGAAGUUGAAGAAGAAGUAG